GCUUUCCUGACUCAGACCACCGAUAAGAUUUUUUAACGCUUCUAAUAUUCUAAUCCACAAUCAAUUGGGCCCCCCUGUCUCUUCCUUUUUAGAUCUCAUUCCUUUUCUAUACCUGUUCUGAUUUUGUAGCUGCAUUUACAUGGGUAUCAGAAUUAAGAAAAAGUAGACACAUUAUAUAAAAUAUAACAUAUUCUCCAUUUUAAUUCUUGAUUAAAGAGGAAAAAAAGUUAAUAAGGUAUAGAGUAAGAUAAAAAUAGGAGUAACGUAGAUAUUUAUAUGAUUGUUUUAUUACUAAAAAUAAAAAUAUAACGAUUAGUAUGAAAUUGUCAAAAAUAAGAAAUAUAAAAUCUCCUUUUUCCUCCUAAAUUUUGCAAGUCAAUACCACUCAAAUUCUUCAAAAAACGUCAUCACUCAAAAACGUCAAAAAAUCAAUUUGAAUAAACAAACCCAGAAGAAAUAACUGAAGAAAUGGCAUAUACAAUUGCUUCAUCUCCAUCAACCUCAUUGAACUCUGUCUCAUCCACCACUGGAAAAUUUAUGAACUACCCACGUAAAUUCCCGGGGUAUUACGUCACUUUCCGGCGAAACCUCCCCUCAAUCUCCGCCGUAUGGUCCACCACUGAAGUUGUUUCUAAUUCCCUUCAAACGUCGACGUUUUAUGAAGUGCUCGGAAUCCAGGCUGGUGCGACGGGUAAGGAAAUCAAAGCUGCAUAUAGAAAGUUAGCGAGAGUUCUUCACCCAGAUGCGGCGGUUGCUUCUCAUGGGCAAAAGGAUACGACUUCGUCUGCGGAGGAAUUUAUUAGGGUUCAUGAGGCGUAUGCGACAUUAUCGGACCCUAAAAAGAGGGCAGAUUAUGAUCGGAAAAUGUGGGUUAAUGGCCGUCGAUUGAGGUACUCUCCUAGUUAUUGUACCAUGAGUACCACCAAAUGUAGUACCUCUUUGUUUUAUGGGUUUUCGGGUUAUACCCGAGGCACUUGGGAGACUGAUCAAUGCUGGUAGUUCUCAGGGAGGGGUAGUUUACUAAAAGUACAUAGGUAGAUCCGGGUAGAUUAGGGUUUUUUACAAUAUAUAUUGAAAUGGAUCUUAUAUUGAUUUGGAUCCAAUCUUGGUCAAUCUUUAAUUUUAUUUUAAAGUAUAAUUAUGAUAAACUAACAAUUGUAUGAAUUUCGGCAGUAUUAAUAUUAUAUAAAUAAAUUGCAGUGGAAAAUAAAAUUUUAAUAUCAUGAUAUGCAUCUAUAACUUGUAAAGAAACAAUUAUUAUUAAUGGGAUUUAAUUAAUGAAAACAACUAUUCCGGGUCCAGUAUUGGGAACUCGAUAGGCAUAUUCAACAAGACAACAAUGUUAUCCCUUGAAGGUGUCAUAGUAAAUUGAGUUAACUAUUCUC